AUGUUGGAUUAUCAACCCAACUUGGCCGGAGCGGCCCAGGCUCUGCCUCUGUCUUUUCCCCAGCAGAGCACCUCAGCUCCCUAUCAGGCUCCUUCUGCCCUUAUGGACCAGAUCGGAUAUUUCCCCCAUUACACUAACCAGCACGAGUUUUCGUCUGGAUUGAACACUUCUGUGACUGGAGAAAUGUCCCAGAUCAACAGCCAGCAGCAGAAGAUGGGCGAAUCUCUCUCUGCUUCUCACAACGCUAAUGCUGCUGUUUCUCCUCCCGUGGUUGUAAGCUCUCGACAAUUCAGCCCGACUCAGCAGGCAUACAAAACGCCCUCACCAUCAACUCCAUCAGAGGUUGCCAACGCUAGCCCUAAGAAUCUUCUUCUCAACCAGGCCUCUGUGGAUAAUAUCCAGACUUUCAUGACCAGCAACCAAGCUCAGGGCAUGCAGAUCCCUUUUGCCUAUCCCCGCAACCAUAUGGGAGUCAACGGUAUGCCCAUGAUGGGUGGUAUGCAAACCGGCUCUAUGAGCAUGCAGUCUCCUUCCAUGGACUACGUUCAAUACCAGUAUGCGAAUAACCCUAUGAUGGGUUACCCUCCUGGCUCAAUGAUGGGAUAUGGCCAGAAUCAACCUCAGUCUAUUGCCAACAGCCAAGCUUUUCUUGGUGCUUCUGGCAUGUAUGGAGCGAAUAGUAUGCAGAACAUACAAUCAUCUUGCAUGAUUGGUGUCCAGCACCCUUUCCAGAAUAACGCUCAGCAAGUUCAAGGCUAUCACCCGCAUGUGUCUUCUACUCUUCGUCCAACUGCCACCCCUUUCACCCCUUCCCAGGGCAAUCUUGCUGAGCCGCAGCAAAUGGCUUAUCCUGCCGCCAAGCAGUUCCAAGGUCAGGGGCUUGUCUGUGGCCCCCUCGCUACUCUGCAACAUGCUCAAGGGCCUCAGCAUACUCCAGUCACUAGAAAGGAUGGGAUGCAUCAGACGCUCCAGGCGACUCAAGUAUCUCCAACAUCCCACCUCACCAUGCAACAGAGCCCUCAGGGACAGUGCUCUAUGAGAAAGCCCAUUCGAAAGCAGUCUCCCAAGCGUGGCCGUGCCACUCAAUCUGCGCAAAACGUUCCCAAGCGUCGCUGCAAACCCAGCGACAACACUGUCCUGACAAAGUCUAACGAGCUCAAGACCGGUUCUCCCAUGUCCAGGGUCCAGAGUGCCAUGUGCCGUGUGGCCUAUGGCAAGACAAUUCCACAGGGAGUCAAGCAUAUGGAAAUGACAGCCAAACCCAAGCCUGACAUUUCCAUCGCCGAUUACCUUGGCCAGCCCCAGCAGCUUCCCAUCAGUUCUCCCAGCCUUGAAGUCCAGCAGCCUACUUCGCCAACCAAAAUCGUUCAGUCUCGAACUCCUUCCAUCGAACUGAUCUCCUCCCAACUGACGUCCCGGCACCACGCUCUUACACCCCCUACUCCUCCUUCUGUCCAGCCUCUGCCAACUUCGCCUGCACAGCAUUCUGCCAAUACCAAGGAGAAGGCUGACAAGUACCCAUUGUCUGACAAAGAGAAAACGAUUCGUGACGCAGAGGCUCGAAAUGCCCCCAUUCCGCCUUCACAACGUCGCCUUGUUCGCUAUGAAAGGGAUGAUCCUCGGCUUCAGCGAGAUUCCAAUGGGGAGCCUAUCACCCCAGAAGCUGAUAUGUAUAAUGUCUACUUUGUGGCGCCACCUACCGAGAUAUCAAUGGACACGAUUAACGAGCUGGUGGCAAGCUUCAGACGAGAAAAGCAGCAGAAGCAAGCGACCAAUGCAGCCGGUAACGAUGGAAACAGCAAGACCAAGGCUGCUAAGUCUAAGUCUAAGCCUUUACUUACGCCUACACCUACGCCUAGGGCUAAGAAAGGUCGCCAGAACAAAGGAGUUCGGAAGCUCACGUCGGAAUCAGCAGAGAAGAUCACUGUCAAUAAGCGAAACAAGGCCAUAACCACUGUUUCUACCCUCAGUGCUUCUCUGUCUCCUCCUGCUGCCCUCUCCACUUCUCCCAUCGCUGCUUGUCACGACAAGAACGACAACGCAAUCGCUAGCCAGCUCAGCCUCGACAACAUCACCGACAUCGAGGGUCAGCCCAUCUCCACUGCCGAGGCCACCGUUGUUCACACUGCUUCUUUUGACUUCGUGGGUUCUCACCAGACAACAUCUGGAGCUGGAAGUGUUGCUCAACCAGUUCCUGUCGACGAGUUCAAUAUUCAGCAAAGCUUCACUCAAGAUGCUCCAUCGAGUGAUGAGUAUAAUAACCAGGCUGGUGUCUCCCUUUGUCAACAAAGCCCUGCUCUUCAGCCUACUGUCCCACUCAUGACCCGGCCUACUGAGACUGCUUCUGCCUCUGAUUCCCUCCAAACUAACGGGGAGCAGCCACUCAAUGCUGGUUCUGAGGUAUCUGAGGCAUCCCUGGAGGACCUGUUCUCGUUGCUUGCGCCCGUACAACAGUACAAUGAGAGUUUCAUGGACCAACCUAUUGAGUGGGGAGUUCCCCCUGCCCAUGAGUCUCCCACCACCAAACCUGCUUCUACCGAGCCUGAAUCAUACUUUGAGAACGUUCAUAACAGCAUCUGCGAAACCUCUGACAAGGAGGACCUGUCUUGGUUUCUUCAGACAAUGCCAACUCCUAUCUUCAAAGACCCCUCCGCUGGUGCCACGAGUAUCUCAUCAUCUCUGGACCUCGACUUAUCUUCCUCGAUCGCUUGUCUUCAGGCUGAGUUCGCCAGUGUUUCCGAUCCUGAUGCUGAAUACAUAAAUACACCUGGACACAACGACAUUUCAGUAAUGACGGUCGAAAUACCCAAUGCACCGCCAAUGGGGCUCGACGACAUGCCCUACUCCCCUAUCCGCUUGUCUCCUCCACCUCUUACUGGCCCCUACAACCCACCAUCAAACCCCGAGUUCAAGCCCCGAGACCCCUUCAACACGGUCCUUGAUGACGCAAACAUCGAGAAGGAUACUGAGGAGAAGAAACUUGACGAUACUGCUGCUGUCGCUACCAAAAGCACAAACAAGCGCAAGAUGAACGAGGGCACUGUUACGGCGCCAAACAAGAAGCCUCGCACCCGCGCCCCACCAUCCAAACUCGUCCUUCCGCAGUGCGAGGUGCGCCACAAUCCUGCAGUUGAGCAGUGA